CAACGAAGGAAAGUGUAGACGUGGAUUUAGACGGCCUUUUCUCCCUCAACGAACGACCAUUUCCAAGCCCAGCCCAUCGCUAGUCUUCCUUUGUAUUGUUAGGGUUUGGGGAAUCUCCAACACCUUCUUCGUCUUGGAUUCGAAUUCAGAUGGUUCAGCUGAUGAAGAAUUCUGCGAAGGCGGAAACGGCGUCGUGCGCUGACACCAAUAACCCCAUCAAGUUGGAGAUCGUUGAGGACCCACUGGAAGAAGAGCAUGGCCCUCUCAACAAGCGUUGCAAACCCUUUCCCUCUCCAUCGCCUUUGCCUCACCCUCACCCUCAGCAAUGGAGUGCUUCCAGUGAUGCUUCUGUCAGUUCCCCUUCGCAUCUGAAUAUACUCGACGAGCCGAGCCCUUUGGGUUUGCGCCUCAGGAAGAGCCCUUCGCUGUUGGAUUUGAUUCAGAUGAAGUUAUCUCAAGGAAGUGCGCCACAAACCGAAGAUUUAAGCUCUGGAAUCAAAAGGGAGAGCAGGGGUGCUGCCGCUGCUGCUGUGUCGGACAAGCUUAAAGCUUCAAACUUCCCGGCUUCGCUUUUGCGGAUUGGUUCGUGGGAGUAUAAAUCAAGAUACGAGGGUGAUUUGGUGGCCAAGUGUUACUUUGCGAAGCAUAAGCUUGUUUGGGAAGUUCUUGAAGGCGGUCUAAAGAGUAAAAUAGAGAUUCAAUGGUCUGAUAUCAUGGCACUUAAAGCUCAUUGUCCAGAUAAUGGGCCUAGCACGUUGACUGUUGUGCUUGCUAGACAGCCUCUUUACUUCAGGGAGACUAAUCCUCAGCCUAGAAAGCAUACACUAUGGCAGGCAACCGCUGAUUUUACUGAUGGACAGUCUAACAAACAUAGGUUGCAUUUUUUGCAAUGCCCACAAGGGCUGUUGGCCAAACAUUUUGAAAAGCUUAUCCAGUGUGAUAUGCGUCUUAAUUUCUUAAGCCAACAGCCAGAGAUAAUUUUGGAUUCACCACAUUUUGACACACAACCUUCUAAUUUUGAGGACCCAGACAACUCAAAAGAUCGUGAACUGCUUCAAGUCAGUGGUAAAGGAUCCUCCACAUCUUGUUUUCACGACAGAGGAUCACCUCAAUCAUCCCUUUCAUCAUCAUUUAAGAUUGAACACAACGAUCCUCCUGGAAUGACGUUGGAUAGUCUCCCCCGAGAUGCACCUUCACCCAGCUCAGUCAUGGACUGUACUUCAAUUGAAGGGAGUACAAGCUCUGAAACCGAUUCCAAGGGCCCGAGAAAUGGGGAUCAGAUGAAACUUCCUGGACUUCGACCUUCUAUGUCAGUGAGUGAUUUUAUAGGCCAAAUUGAACUUUGCCUGUCAGAGCAAAUGACCUCCGGGAAUCCACCCUUCUCUGAUGGAGGAUCGGAGUACAAGGAAGUCCUGGAAGACAUUGCGCAGCAUCUUCUUAAUGACAAUCAGGUUGCAGCAACAUCUGAUGAAAAAUCGCUUAUGUCUAGGGUGAAUUCUCUCUGCUGUCUUCUACAGAAGGACCCUGUAACAGUGCAGAAUUCGAAUUAUGCAGAAGAUAGCACUGUUGAAGGACCUGUUGAUGGAAAAGAUGUCAAGCCUGCUGAGGAGGAAUCAACGGACGCUUCUGGUGGCAAGCACGCACUAGGCAUGUCUAGGAAAGACUCGUUUAGUGAUUUGCUCCUCCAACUUCCUAGAAUCGCAUCUCUUCCAAAGUUUUUGUUUAACAUAUCAGAAGAGGAUGGUGACAGUCAUGCCAGAUAGUAAUUCUCAUAUAUAGAAUUUCAAAUUGGGUAAGUAUGGAGUACGGAGCUAUCUAGCUGUGUCCAGCUGCAUUAUGUUAUGUAUUUGUAGACAUGUGCAAGUUUAAUUUCUACCCUGGGAACCACUGGGAUUUGGAAAAGUUGUUUUAAUGAAGAAUCCUGGUAGAACCCAUGUAAAAAUUGUUAAGUAGAUGUUUUAGCUCUGUAUUUGUUUCCUUUUGGGUUUGAUUUCUGGGUGUUGUGCACAGUUGUCUGCUUGUAAGUAAAUCAUGUGUUGCCUGAUCAAUUGGCUGAUAUGGGCAAUAUUUUCAUGGCUUUGGAAUACAUAAGAUCAUGAGCUGUAGCUAAUACUAUCGAACUGGCAAGCUCAGUUUGUAUAUAUUAAUUUGAUGAUAAAUUCGGAAUAA